AUGAAAACCCCAAUAUCCAACGUCGCUCCGGGUACGGCGGCUGGUCUCCCUAUUACUGUCCGGGCGGCAACUGUCCCCGAAGAGGUGGAGGCUACGGCGGUGGCUAUCCUGGCAGUUGUCCAGGGGGAGUCUGUCCCCCGCCAUAUGGAGGCGGAUAUGGCGGUGGCUAUCCCGGUAACUGUCCAGGAGGAGUUUGCCCCAGGCCAUAUGGGGGCGGAUAUGGCGGUGGCUAUCCUGGCAAUUGUCCAGGAGGAGUUUGCCCCAGGCCAUAUGGGGGCGGAUAUGGCGGUGGCUAUCCUGGCAAUUGCCCAGGAGGAGUUUGUUAUCAAAGAAAUGGAGAAGACCAUGAUGAAUAGGACAGUCCUGAUGCCUUAG